UUCAGUGACUUUCAUUUUCGAGUCUGUAGCUCUGUUCAAGGCAGCAGGAAGGGACUGAGGCUGUUACCGAUGGCUGAAUACAAGGAUGUACUUAAGGAGAUGGAAUCCGUGGGCAAAGCUAUAGCAGGUAGCAUUAUGGAUAAUUUGGUGAAAAAAAAAGUGAUAAAAUUGGAGAAAGCGGAGAGUGAAAAGUUUUAUGAUGCCAAAACUCACAUAAAGGCCCAAAUCUUGGUGGACUGUCUUCGAGGGAAGUGCCAUGAAGAAGGUCAAAAGCUUACUGAAACCUUUCUUAACAUUGACCAAAAUUCUACUGGUACACAAGAAAUCAAGGCUGGACCAGAGGAUUCAGCAGAAUCUACAGAUAUUCUCAAGCUUUGUCCAUCUGAAAAAUUCCUGAGACUCUGUAAAGAAAGAGCUGGAGAGAUCUACCCAAUAAAGGACAAAAAGGAUCGCACUCGCCUGGCUCUCAUCAUAUGCAACAUAGAGUUUCAGCAUCUUCCUCCAAGGAGUGGGGCUCAGUUUGACAUCUCAGGGAUGCAGAGGUUGCUUGAGGACCUGGGUUACAGUGUGGAUGUGAAAGUGAAACUCACAGCCAAGGAUAUGGAGUCAGUGUUGCAGGAGUUUGCUGCUCGGCCAGAGCACAAUUCUUCAGAUAGCACAUUUGUGGUGCUCAUGUCUCAUGGCAUCCUGGAUGGAAUCUGUGGCAUUAUGCACAGUGACAAAACACAAGAUGUGUUACCUUACGACACUGUAUUCCGGACACUCAACAACCGCAACUGCAUCAGUCUGAGGGACAAACCCAAGGUCAUCAUUGUACAGGCCUGCAGGGGUGCAAACUAUGGAGAAGUGUGGUUUAGUGACUCUCCAGUGGCCUUGGCAGACAGCUCUUCACAGUUGCCUGAGAAUCUGCAGGAUGAUGGCAUUUACAAGACCCAUGUGGAGAAGGAUUUCAUUGCUUUCUGCUCUUCAACACCACAUAAUCUGUCCUGGAGAGACAUCACAAAGGGCUCUCUGUUCAUCACAGAACUCAUCUGCUGCUUCCAAAAGUAUUCCUGGUGCUGUCAUCUAGAGGAAGUAUUUCGGAAGCUACGCAGAAAACCAUGAGUGCCCAGCCCAAUGUACCACUGAAGCUUUGCCCUCGAAAUCACUUCCAUAAAGAAAGGUUAGAUGAGGUGACAUGUGUGAGGACAAGCAGAUACAAUAUUGUCUAUUCAAACGAGACACUAGGGAUAUACUGUACAUUUAUUUCUUGUCAAAGGCAUAUUCAGAUUAGGGGCAUAUGAUGUGGUCUGAGUGGUCCUUGACUUAGAUUUUCAGUUUCUUCUAUGCUAUCCUGGAACAUACUCUAAGUUCCUCUCCUUGUCUAACCCAAACUGAGUUUGUAGUGUGGAUACUUAAACCUAGUGCACAUGUGUUAUCAUUUUGGAGUCCCUUUUGUAAGUAUAUUGACAUCUUUUGUUUGUAACUUUGGUGAUAUAAGGGAGGAAGCCUUGGAUAAAUAACGCUGUGACUGUUGAUUGAAGAUCUAUCCA